AUGGCUACGAACCCCGAGCGACCGCGAACGCGCGCAAAAAAGGCCUGUCUGUCCUGCAACGCGCGUCGCGUGCGAUGCAAUGUGCUUGAAAUGCAACCGUGCCGCAACUGUGUGUCUUGGAAUCUGGCUUGUGAAUUGGGAGUGUCGCGGCGUGGAAAAUACCCUCGUCGGAAGAAAAAGGCCUCACCAGUACCAAGUGAGGCCUCCAACGCGCAGAAAAGCUCGUCGACUGCUCGGCUUCCCCAGGAGGCACCUUUCCAGGAUCGAUCAUUACACUAUUCACCCCCGACUCACCCAGAGAAUGCGGAAAACGCGAUCCAUAAAACUGUGUUUCUCGGCGAGUCAAGUCCCUUAACAUGUGUAGUUGAUGAAGGCCGCCGAUCGCCAGACAAAGGAUAUGCAUGCGGAAUCCAAAAGGGCCGACUGCACUAUUCCAUCUCCGAGCUUCGCGGCUCUUCAGAAUCUAAUGAUCAUUUACUGGGCCAACGUCGGAAGUCCCUCCAAGAUCGUCUCAUUCGUGAAAGUGCUCUGGUCUUUCCAUCAUCCCCAAUUUGUGACGCCCUUCUCCAAGCAUAUUUUGAAUGGUUCCAUCCGUGCUUUCCAAUCUUAGACCGUCCACAGGUGCAGGACUUCUACUAUGAAACCAAAAUUUCACCUCUACUACUCCAGGCGAUUCUUUUCAUUGGAGUGAGUAUGUGCCCAGAUGCCACCUUGAAUACGACAGGGUACAACGAUCGCUACCUUGCCAAGGGCAUCUUCUACCGGCGCGCGAAGGAGAUCUAUGAUGUCGGAUGGGAGACUGACACGAUAAUCAAGCUGCAAUCACUAUUCCUGCUAAGCUUCUGGCGGGGAGGACCAACCGAGGAGCGAGACGUUCGCUUUUGGCUUGGAGCGGCCAUUGACUUGGCCCAGAAAAAGGGCAUGCAUGUGAUGUCCAAAUUGACUUUCUUGGGCGCGCGUGACCAAAAAGUUUGGAAACGGAUUUGGUGGGCAUUAUAUGUCCGCGACCAGCAAACGUCUGCUGCGUUGGGAUUGCCCUCUCGCAUUCGUGACGAAGACUGUGAAAUCACCGAGCUCAACGCGGCGGAUUUCGAGGAGGAUAGUUCUGCUACAUCCUCCGACAUAUUUAAGGAACCGCCCGCGGCGCAUGUUCCGUAUGUGAUCGGAAUGGCACGACUUGCCAAGUUAUUACGUGAGGUUGUAUCCAGUCAGUAUUUACCUGGCCGGUCAAAACUGGAUAACCCAUCGCGCCCAUUGCUCCAUGGACGUUUAUUGGAUUGGGAGUCAAACCUGCCGAUGGAGAUGCAAUUCCAGUCAUCCAUGAACCGAAAUGUAAUGUUUUUGGUCGGCAUGCUCCAUAUGACCUACAAUAAUCUCUACGUUUUACUUUAUCGACCAUUGUUCCUGCAGCCACCAAGUGAGUCAAGAAGCGUUGAAGGAAAUAUUGCUUUAGACGCAGCUACAAGGAGUACACGAAUCCUUGAGGACAUGCUGUCGGAGAACCUGGUGCAGCAUGGACCAGUACAUCUUAUCACACACACAUUUUCAGCCUUGUGUAUUCACACUAUCCACUUUGGACGAGUGGCUAGCACGGCUCGGAAACUCGCAGAGCAUCGGGCAAAACUGUGUCUUCUCGGACUGAAGGAGCUUCAAAAGUCCUGGGAUCUGGAGAAUUGGGUCUUGGAUCUGUUCUUUCGAUGUCUAGAUGAUCGCACAGCACGAAAUCUUCGACUGGCUGACGUCGGAAUGCCAUCUUCAGGAUCGUCGGGUCAGCUGUCAAAGGGACCACAAGCACCCGACUCGCCAGCUCUAGAAGCUCCCUCUAAUAGUACCAGCGGCACUUUCUCUCCACGCGGAAAUGAAAAUGUUGUGUCUAUGGCGCAGGUGAAUCUGCCACUGGAUGACCCAUCUAUUAAUAUGGACUGGUAUGAGCUCUUCAACGUGGAGGGAGAGGAUUUCUCAGGACUUGCUGGGUCUUUGACAAACCCGGAGUACCUUAACCCUCAGAACCUAGAGUUCCUAUACCGUUUUCUGUAG